GUUUGUUUAUAUAAAAUAUAAAUUUAUGUGCAUAUUAUUUUCUAUUUUUUGGAAUACAACAAUUCCCAAGUUCUAAUAAUGUGGUCAAGAAUUGAAUAAAAAACUAUUUUCGUACGAGUUGAAAACGAUAAACGAUUUGACACAUUCACGUGCUCAGACAAAGGCCGCCGACCCCAAGGUCACCUGAAAAAUCGUCGAUUCGGUUACGAAAAACGUAUGGUUCUUCUUUUUUUUAUAACGUUCAGUUCUACCACGGUGAAGGCCGACAAAAUAAACAAAAAAUGACCGAUGUGUGCAUCGAUAAUAACAGCACGCGGACACGUAUUUAGACAAUUCAUUCGAAUUAUAAAUACGAACAUGAAUUGUACGCAAAAGCACAAGCUUACGACUCGAAAACCGGUAGAACAUCGUUGGACUCUCGUCAGAAAAACACCCUCGCUGCACACGAAUAAUUCGGUAAAAUUGUCGUCAUGAUGUCAUUGUCUGCGGGCCCGUCGUCACUCAUGGUUACCGCUUUGCUGGUACUGCAUCACGUGACGGCGUUCACGUGUAGCGCUCAACGACACUACUCCGGCCGAUUGCGCCGAAAUGCAACCGGUGGCAGUGGCGGGGAAGGACUGACGUGGACUGGCGCCCAGUACCGGUUCGAAUGCGACACGGUAGACGCGUUGCUCAGAGACAACGGCCGUUAUGUGCCGAGAAACAACAUCGCGCUCAGGGCUCAAAUAUGCGGAAACGACUUGUACUUGGCGUACCCCAGGUUGCGAUCCGGCGUGCCAGCCACUGUGGCCACGACUUGCCUGUUUACCGCCGACGCGUGUAGUGAGGCAGUAAUGACGCCUUACCCUUGCCUGUCGGUACAGGAACAGGGUAAGUCGGGAGAGGUGCAGAAUGCCGUCGAUCUGUACUUGGAUGAGCAAGAAGUGCUGUGGGUCCUGGACACGGGAGUUGUGCAGACGUUGGACAAGGACGCUGAACCGCUGAGGACGGGACCGCCAACCGUAUGGGCGUUCGACUUGAACACGCGCAAGCUGUUGACAAAGAUCGACUUGACGUGCCUGACGACGCCGAUGAGCCGACUCCAGUGUCUGGCCGUGGACUGCGACGAAACGGACGGCAAGUGUUACGUGUACGUGACGGACGCGGCCAACCGCGCGGUGAUCGCGUACGACGUGGCCGAGUCGAAGGGUGCGCGAGUGGUGUUGCCCAAGGCGAUCGCGGCGGGGUGCACCAAGCGCGACGUGCUGUACGCGGCGCUCGUCCGGGCAGAGUGCGGCGGCGGGGCGGCGGCGCUGAUCGUCACGUACCUGUCGGGCGCCAGGGCGUUCACGGUCCGGACCGAGUACCUGCGCCGAGGUUCUGCAGGAAAAGUGACGGACUUGGGCGUCAAACCGGACAGAAUGGUGAUUUUGGGCACGGACGGCGGCUCGAAGGUAUUCUUCCGGUACGACGGUUCACCCGACGUGCAGAAAUGGGACGCGGCCCUACCGUUUGUCGCGGAAAAUUUCUCGCCGGUCUAUCGGUCGGGGUCCUGCUUCCUGGCCACCCAGGUGAUGGUCGACCGAGACCGGAAUCGGCUCAUGGUGCUCGAGACGAACUUCCCGGACUUUACACAGAACAUCGUCGGCUGCGGAAUCGUGCACAACGUUCGCGUGCUCGAAGGGUGCUUUUAAUAUCCACACUCGUGGCCCUUUCAACCACGCGGCGGAGUCUGCGGAGAGUCAUCGCUGACGACUUGUGCUGCUUAUAGCCACCAGUUUCAAUAAAUUGUGUAUUACCGCCAGCGAACUCAAAUACCGAAUAUUAAUUAUAAUAUCGUUGAUAACUCCUUAUAAUAUACUAUUACUACACGGAA